AGAAAUAAAUGUAAACUCUAAAGCUAAAGCUGAUAAGAGAACAGAAAGCCAAAACACAAGAAAAAAAAUGCAAAUGGAGAAGAACGAUGAACAGAAGCAUUUUGUUCUAGUUCAUGGUGCUGGCCAUGGGGCUUGGUGUUGGUAUAAAGUUGAGAAUUUGCUAACUUCAUUAGGUCACAAAGUAACAUCACUGGACCUUGCAGCUUCUGGGAUCAACCCAAAACAAGUGGAUGAUCUCCAAUCCAUUGCCAAUUAUUAUGAGCCCUUAAUGGUGUUUAUGGCAUCUCUUCCCAAAGAUGAGAAGGUGAUUCUAGUUGGGCAUAGCUACAAUGGAUUGAGCACUUCUGUAGCAAUGGAGAGGUUCCCUGAGAAGGUAUCUGUAGCUGUUUUCAUCUCUGCUACCAUGCCUAGUCCCACCAAUAGUUUUGUUGACAUCCUGAAAGAGUAUGAUACAAGGCAGACCAAGGCCAACAUGAACUCACAGUAUGAUGUAAGACAAGUCAAGGGUAGUACACAAAUCAUUCCAAAACCAGAGAAGUUAGCAAAGCAGUAUCAGAAAAGCCCCCCUGAGGAUCUGAUUCUUGCAACCAAGUUGGUGAGGCCCAUAGGUUUAUUUGGGAUUGCAGAUUUGUUGAAGGAAGCUACAGUUUCAGAUGAGAAAUAUGGAUCAGUUAGUCGAGUGUUCAUCUUAUGUGAUGAAGAAGAUGAUAUCAAAGCUAUCUUUAGAUGGAUGAUUGCACAAAACCCACCUGAUGAGGUGAAGGAGAUCCCUGGUUCAGACCAUAUGGUCAUGAUCUCUAAGCCCCAAGAGUUGUGUGCGUAUCUUCAAGAGAUUGCUCAUAGAUAUUCCUGAUUUUUCUCCAUCUUUCAUGCCUUUUCUAUAGGGUGAUCACUUGGUUAUAUACCUAUUUGUCUAUAAUAUAGAAAAUCAAGUACUACGUUAAAAUAGGAAGAAAGAACCUAUCUUUCUAGGGUUCCCGUUGUUCAGACACAGUUGGAUGUGAAAAGACCCAAAUGCCCUACAUGUAUGAAAAUAAUAUGCAUUACCUUAGUAGAA